AUGUCAACAUAUUUUUCUUCAUCUUCAUCUGUCUGGGACAACGUCGUAGAUUACCUUUCUCUGAGCUCAAUAUGGAAUUGGCUACAAGCAACUCUUCUGGGAGAGACUAGUCCACCUCAGCAAACAAAUUUGGGUCUACUAGAUAAUCUUGGUCCAACUGUGCAAGUUAUCCUGGGGAUUUCCUUUUUGCUUUUGUUGGGAAUAGGAGUGUAUGUCAUGUGGAAACGAAGUGUUCAGUCAAUUCAGAAAAUAUUGUUGUUUAUAAUCACACUCUACAAACUUUACAAGAAGGGCUCAGAUUUUUUUCAGGCUUUGCUGGUCAGCCCAGAUGGGAAUCUUCUCCCAAUUCAAGACAAUAAUCUCUUCCUGUCCUUGGGUCUGCAAGAGAGAAUUUUGAAAAAACUUCAGACGGUGGAAAACAAAGUGAAGGACCUGGAGGGGAUGAUCAUUUCCCACAAACCUGCCUCAAAGAGGGAGUGCUCCUCUGAGCCCUACUGCAGCUGCUCUGACUGCCAGAGUCCCUUACCCACAUCAGGGUUUACUUCCACAUCUGAAAUGUGA